AUGAAAGACGCAGCUCUAUUGUCGGAUGCCGAACUUGCUGGUGAGCUCCGUAAGUACAACGUCACUGUUGGUCCAGUCACCGGCACAACACGUUCACUUUACGAGAAGAAGCUCACUAAACUGUGGAAGCAAGGCCCACCUACUGCUAUAAACAAUUCUACGCAGAAGCCCAAUGCUACAACACCUACAAAACGGGUAUCGUCGUCUUCAAAGUCUCCUACUCGAACAGCAUCGACGAUAAGAACCGCUUCACAAAGUAUGAAAGACGCAGCUCUAUUGUCGGAUGCCGAACUUGCUGGUGAGCUCCGUAAGUACAACGUCACUGUUGGUCCAGUCACCGGCACAACACGUUCACUUUACGAGAAGAAGCUCACUAAACUGUGGAAGCAAGGCCCACCUACUGCUAUAAACAAUUCUACGCAGAAGCCCAAUGCUACAACACCUACAAAACGGGUAUCGUCGUCUUCAAAGUCUCCUACUCGAACAGCAUCGACGAUAAGAACCGCUUCACAAAGUGUUCGUCGAAAGACCGCUACAUCUGAAAGCGAAGAUGGAUCAGACGAGGAGCCCUAUAUCACCAGUUUUCGUGGCAAGCCCGUCACUUCGACACCGGAGGAGCCUCGUCCGAUUGCUCCACCUGCACCUCCGAGUCCACCAAAGUCAUUACCGAAGUUAAGUGACAGGCGUAAUUAUACAACUUCCUCACAAAUUAUACCAGGGUUAUAUAGCACUGAUCGUCCGGGUGCGACUCCUCCACGGAAAGCUGCUUUUCCUAAAACUCCUCCACGUCCAUCGACGCGAGUAACAACAACAGCUUCUUAUUCUGUGUCAGGAGACUCUUCAGCUGAACGCAGUGGACUUUUCGACAGAAGCAGCAGAAGUGUUUAUGGAACAACAGCUCCUCUCGGAACGCGCGGUCUCCUUGAUCUCGGCCAUACUACCGGUGAUGACGAUGACGAUGAUGAUUAUGAUGGCCAAGAAUCGAGUCGUAUUGUUUACACGACCAAGGUUUCUGGGCCAGAGAAACGCUCUCCUCUUCGCAAGGCUUGGGAUAACAUUUUGGGAUACGACUUCAAAGCUGGCAAAGUCCCGGGAACGAACUAUGAACUUCGUCAUGGUUCCACUAGAACACGAGUCGAUCGUGAUCCAAAAACUGGAAGGAUCAGAGUGCAGCAACAGACCAUCGGGAGAUGA